CAACUGCAGCGACGUUAGCUGGCUAACGGAGGAUCAUACUCACGGAGGGGUUGUAUGUAUAGAAAUCAGCCGACUUUAAACUGUCCUAUAUUUGCUAUUACCACUUUACCGUAAAUACUAUCUGCUUAGGUGGUUAUCGUCACUAUUAAAAGCUCAUCGUAACAGUGAAGCCCUGAACUUACCUAGCAACUUACUGCAUCAUGCAGGAGUCAGAUGAGUCAGACUCUGAGACAGUCCAGGGCCAAGUGAUGGAGGAACAUCAGAGUCCCCAGGCUGCUGAUGUGGAGGAGGACACUGCUGAGGAGUCUGGAGUAACGGAUCUGAAGUAUUGCAGCGUUGUAUUGGACCGUUUUGACGCUGAGGAAAAGCUUGCAAGAAAAGAGCUUGAGGAGAAAGAAGACAUGAACCGCAAAGGAGGGAAACCCGUCUCCAGAAUCCCCACUUUCCACAAACGACCCAUCGGUGCGGGCCAGACCCCGGAGCUGCCUGUUCCCAGGAAAGAUUCCCCUGUCUCUGCUCAGCCCCCAGAGAGAGCUGGGAGCGGCAGUGUGGAGGCCUCCAAGUCCAAGCCGCCCGAUGUCAGAGAAACAGCACUGCCUCUGCCAUCGGUCCGGGUCCCUAAACUCCUCUUUGAAGCCCCGUCUCCCUUCAGCGGCACAGAAGAAGCCGCUGCUGCAGCCCAUAGCCCUCUAAUUACUGCACCCAAGAGUCUGUCUGAGUCUAUGCAGUUCUCCUCUAUGACCGCAAGCCCCAGGCCUGCCCUCAGACCACAGCCAGGCUCACAGCAACAUGCACCAGAGCAAGACCAGAGCAGAACAUAUGAAAUAGAAGCCGACACCGUACAGGAUGCCCCCAUAAGUCACCUUGAAGGCUCCGUCAGCCAAAAACAAUUGGAAGAAACGGAGAAGUACGGCGUUGAGCCUGAAGGCAGCAUUCUCCUCGUUGCCUCUGGGGACAAUGAAAAGACAGAGUCUGCAGACGUCCCUCACACAGCUGAGGUGAGCCAAGAGGAGGCGAUUAUGGACGAACAGCCACCGUGGGAGACGGAGCCGAUGAACAUACUGGACUAUAAGGACAGUAGAUCUUCAUCAGAUGUCGAAUGUGAGGAUAGUUUGCCAGAUGAGAAGUCUGAGGGCUGUGAUUCAGAGGAGGUGCAGGAGCAGCAUGUACCUCUCGUCAGCCAGUCACAGGUUUCAGAUGUUGCAGAGGACGAGGCCAUUGUUGAAGACGCGUCUCCACCAGAGAGGCCUGUUAAAGCUCCAUCCUCCAAGUCAACAAAGAGCUCAGGAUGCUCCAGUUUUGCCCUGUUCUUCUUCCUGCCCACCACCUUGCUGCUUCUCGGUGGCUUUGGCCAGCAUGUCUGGCACUACGGCCUUCCCCUGUCUGUGGUCCAGCUCACUGCUCAGAUGGAGCUGCACUGGCUGGAGGGCUUUGGCUUGGUACCAGAGCCCUGCACCACUGACUGUCGGGUGCGCCUGGUGGAGAGCAUCCCUGAGGGUCUGUACCAGUCUUCUCCCUCGUCCAGACAGAGCAUCGCAGACAGCUGGUUACACCUGCUGGACAAAGCCAACCACUCGGUCAACAUCGCUGCUUUCUACUUCACUCUACGAGACGGCGAGGUCGCACACUCCUCUGACUCUCAGGGAAGAAUGGUCUUUGAGCAACUUAAACAAUUGCAAUCUAAAGGUGUGAAACUGCAGAUCGCUGUAAAUGCCCCCCAGACCUCGACUCAAGACACUAAAGAAUUGGCUGCAACAGGUGCAGAGGUCAGAGAGGUGGACCUGAAGGCUGUAACUGGAGGCAUUGUCCACACCAAGCUGUGGGUGGUGGACCAAAAGCACCUCUACCUGGGUAGUGCUAACAUGGACUGGCGCUCUCUAACUCAGGUGAAGGAGGUGGGCCUGUCAGUGGAGGACUGCAGCUGUCUGGCUCAGGAUGCCUUUAGGAUCUUUGGGGUUUACUGGAGCAUCGGUGGUGCAAACAACGGCUCUCUACCUCCAUACUGGCCUGCUCGUCUCUCUGCCCUGUCCAGCUCCCACAAUCCACUGCGCCUGAAGUUCAAUGGAGUGCCUGCUCAAGUCUACCUGUCUAGCGCCCCACCACAGAUCUCAGCCCGCGGACGCUCUGACGAUCUCUCCACCAUCCUGUCUGUCAUCAACGACGCACAGAAAUUAAUUUACAUUUCUGUCAUGGACUUUCUUCCUCUGUCUCAGUUCACAGAGCCACUCAGGUUCUGGCCGGCCAUCGACUCGGCCCUGCGGGCUGCAGCCUGCACCAGGAGGGUUCAGGUCAGACUGCUGGUCAGCUGCUGGAAGCACUCACCUGCCGCCAUGUUCCCCUUCCUGCAGUCCCUGCUGGUGCUCAACAGGCCUCAUCUGGAAUGUGACAUUGAAGUGAAAAUCUUUACGGUGCCUUCAACAGCGCAGCAGAUGAAGAUCCCCUUUGCACGAGUCAAUCACGCUAAGUACAUGGUUACAGACAGAGUGGUCUACAUAGGGACCUCCAACUGGUCACAGAACUACUUCACCCAGACAGCUGGAGUGGGUUUGGUGGUGAACCAGACCGGCUCCAAGGUUCAAAAAGGCCAAGAGACUCUGCAGAGCCAGGCGGAGGAUCUGUUCCUCAGAGACUGGACGUCUCAGUAUGCCAGCACUCUGUCUGUGGACGACAUGGACGUGUGCCCUCGUGGCCCUCACUGAUGGUUUAAUGUUUAAUAAAACACUUUGCAUUGUAGAUGAGAAUCUUGCCUGCUCCUGCUGCUACUUGAACUUUAUUUGACUUAUGCAAAAAUCCGCUUGCUGUACUGUGUGAAUGAACACACAUUAUUUUAUUGCUGUUUCCUGACUCGCUGCCUGGUUUCUGUAUAUAAUUGCAUUGUCAUAUUUUCGUUUCGAGAACGGGUUAUUUUUGUACUCUGUAUUGUUCGGACUAUUUUCUUAAACGAGUGAAGGCGCAAAGGGAACUCGCUUUGGACAAUUCAUUUUAUGCCUGGAGCAUUGUGUAAAUAUUUUUCCUUCAAAUGUCGGUGCCAAGCUUCAACAAUCCUACGCAGGAAAGCAAACAUUUCCAAAGAGGUGCGAACACCACGGCCAUGUUUACACUGCUGAAGCUAUCAGCUCUUAAUGUUUGUGUGUAGUGAAACCAUAUGCCAUUCCAUUAGUAGAACAAUCCUGUAAAUACUAAACAUUUUCCAUUCAUUAGUGACGACUGAAAGAAUUCCAAUUUGAAUGUGUACCACUACAGACAGAAAGUCUCUCACUCCAAUAAGAGUGAACAUGCUUUGUUUUAAGAUUGCAGUUCUGUGUUUAAAAAGAAUACUUUACUUGUCUGCCAUCAUUUUGACUGUAAUGAUAAAUGCUGAAUAUGCCUGUUUCUGUAACCAGUGGACAUGUUCCCAGACUAACGGUCCAGUUUACUGGAUGUUUAAGAAUAAAUAAAACCCUGUUUGAGAGUUUCAUGAGUACUAUGA